AUGUCUACAAGCGGCGACACUUCUGGAGAGUCGCCGAAACGACAGCGGUUGGAGGCCGAGGAGGUCUAUGUUGCUGUAGAUGAUUCUGGAGAAGUCAAGUUUGAUAAGAAGACCUUCCGAGACAUUGCUAAGAAAUAUAGGAAGGUUGAAGGUCUUGGGAAGAAAGGUGUGAAAAAAAUGGCAAAGUCGCUGAAACAGAGAAGGGAGCUUCGCCACAAGUCCAUGAUACAAGAGGCCGAUGAGGCUCAGCUUGUCGCCACUGAGAUAUUCGCGACCAACGACGACGCCGGUGGCAUCGAUAUGGACGAUGGUGUUCGCAAGUCGUAUAAUCUCAGUCAGAAGGAAUUAGCCUCGCAGGUCGACAUCGGCACUCAGCGCAAGCUGUUCGACUUUAGCCUUCCUGGAGGCCCCUUCACUGUCAAUACUAGCACCAACGGCCGAUACAUGGUUACAGGCUCUCGCGGCGGUCAGUUCACGGUCUUGGAUCGCCACACUAUGAACCCACUUUGCUCGGAACAGCUGGACGAGCCUAUAUUGGAUGUCACCUUUUUGCAUGACCAUACUCUUUUCGCGGCGGCUCAACGUAAAUAUACGUAUAUAUACGAUUCAGCCACCGGUGCCGAGGUUCAUUGCUUGAAGGACCAUCUGAACAGCACUCAUUUGGAGUUCUUGCCGAAGCAUUAUCUGCUGGUCAGUGGCUCCGAGACGGGAGAGAUACGAUAUAGGGAUGUGUCUACUGGUCAACACGUAGCCAAGAUUGUUACGAGGCAGGGACCGAUACAGUCUCUGAGGCAGAACCCUUCUAAUGCUGUAGUGGUCACUGGUCACACCCGAGGCCACGUAUGUAUGUGGACGCCCAAUCUCAAGGAGCCGGCUUUGAAGAUGUUGGCUCACUUUGGACAGGUCACCGCUUUGGAUGUCACUAGUGAUGGAAAGUAUCUUGUUACUUGCGGUACUGACAGUAAAUGGAAAGUGUACGACCUGCGAAAGCCGUCUGAAGAGUUGCAGCGAUGUAGCUUCUCGGGCCGAGCUCCUACGUCUGUGGACAUCUCCUUUGGCGACGCCGACUUGGCCUUCGGCUUUGGCUCUAGUGUUUCGGUCUUCCGAGGGGCAGAUGUCUUUAGGAGCGGGAAGGCACCCAGUACUUACUUGAAGAACAGUUAUAAUGGUCAGCAAGUGAGGCACAUUAUUUGUGAUCGCAACCAUGAUCACUUAUCGAUACAGGUCUCUAGCGUACGCUUUGUCCCCUAUGAAGAUCUACUGCUUGUGGGCACCAGUGGUGGUUUCAAUACUAUGUUGGUGCCUGGCGCAGGUUACACACAGUUCGACUCCUACGUCGCCAAUCCUUUCGAAACUACCAAGCAGCGACGCGAGACUCAAGUGCGUAGCUUACUGGAGAAGCUACAGCCCGAUAUGAUCGCUCUUGAUGCCAACUUUAUUGGACGAGUACAAGCUCCGAAGAAGGUUCCUACUAAACCACUAUCUGAUAGCGACGAAAGUGAAGCUGAUGAGGAGUCAUUCGCAGCCAAGCAUAAAAUGCGUGGGAAAUCCAAGGCUGGCAAGCGUCAGCAACGAAUGAACAAAAUGCGAGGAGAAGCGGAGAGGAAGAGGCGGGCUAGAAGAGCUGGUGAGAGCAAGGUGGAUGUGGAAGAGAAGAGUCUGGAGACGGCUCGGGCAGAGCAUGGCGCGCUGGCUCGGUUUUACGUAAAUAAGAAUGAGUAG